AUGGAUCUCGUCACGGAUCUAUGCCUAGAUGACGAAGUGUUGUCGAUAGAUGUUGAUGCUGACCCACUGUUGCGUACGGAUACCACCCUAGAUGCAGAGGGUGAAGUUCGAGUUCACCGUGGUAUGUUGAUGAGCGCCCGUUACGUUUUUGAUACGCUUAGGAAGCAUCAAGUUAUUGAGGAUCUCGCUGUUUUAAACACGGGUUAUCAACUGGUUGUCUGUGGUCAUUCAUUGGGUGCAGGAGUAGCAUCACUUUUGACUCUGCUAUUGAAACAAUAUUAUCCGAACGUAAGGUGCUUUGCAUUCGCGCCGCCGGGCUGCGUCAUCACCGAAAACGGCUUACAUGAGCUGGAACAGCAUGUGAUGGGUAUAGUUGCAGGAGACGAUGUUGUUUCGAGGAUCUCAUUCCAUAAAACGGAAUUUAUGGCUCCAGGCGUUGCACCGCUUACGAAACGGAAUUUAUGGCUCCAGGCGUUGCACCGCUUACGAGUGAAAGUCGCAGCGGAAUUGGAUGCGUGCACUAAAGCCAAAUACGAAAUAUUAAUCCGUGGAAUCUUCCGAAUUUUCUUCAGUCCUGCGUGGGAAAGAGGCCCAUUGUCUGGUAGGGCUUCCGGUGAGACAUUGUUUAAGUAG